AUGUCCCAGUCUACAUUGACCGUGGCCACUCGUGCCAACCACGCGGCUCUGCUGCCCGUGGUGCUCAUUGCCACCUCCAUCAACGAGGCCCGUCCCACCCCGGUGAUCACCAUCAACUAUGAGGACUCUGCCGUUCUGGAGGAGGGCGAGAAGGCUAUUGUCCAGCUGACCACUGGCUCCAGCUCUGUCUUUGGUACUAUCCAGGCCAUUGAGGAGCUGCGCGCCCAGUUCCCCUAUCUUGCUAGCAAGGAUCUCAGCCUUGAGAAUGAGUGGAUUUCCCAGCUCGAGUCCUUUACUCCCCUUGACUUCAAGGCUCUCGAUCCCGUUCUCCUCCGCCUCGACACCCACCUGCUCUUGCGUUCGUUCGUCGUCGGAUACUCCCUCUCCACUGCCGACAUUGCUCUGUGGGGUGCCCUCCGUGGCAACCGUAUUGCCGUGGCUGCUUUGAAGAAGGGUAACCUGGUCAACUUGACCCGCUGGUACCGGUUCCUGGAGGAGCUAUGCCCCUGGACUGCGGCCGCUGUCGAGUCUAUCAACGCCGUCGACCGCAAGAAGAAGCUGGCUAAGUCCAAGGAAGGUGGUAGCUACGAUAUUGACCUGCGCAACACUGACAACGGCGUUGUCACUCGUUUCCCUCCCGAGCCUUCUGGAUACCUCCACAUUGGUCACGCCAAGGCGGCUCUUCUGAACGACUACUUUGCUCACGAGAAGUACAAUGGCACCAUGUUGCUUCGUUUCGACGACACGAACCCCUCAAAUGAGAAGCAGGAGUUCCAGGAUGCUAUUGUUGAGGAUCUUGCGCUCAUGGGCAUCAAGCCUAACAAGAUGACCUACACUAGUGACUACUUCGAUGAGCUGUACGACUACUGUCUCGUGAUGAUCAAGACUGGUCACGCCUAUGCCGAUGAUACCGACAAGGAGACCAUGGCUGCCCAGCGUUGGGAUGGUAUUCCUAGCCAGCGUCGUGAGCUCUCCGUCGAGGAGAGCUUAGCCCGUUUCGACGAGAUGAAGAAGGGCGACCCCGAGGGUCUGCGCUGGUGCAUCCGUGCUAAGAUCUCCUUUGAUGACAAGAACAAGGCCAUGCGUGACCCCGUCAUCUACCGCUGCAACCCCGCUCCCCACCACCGCACCGGCUCUAAGUGGAAGAUCUACCCUACCUAUGAUUUCGCCUGCCCCGUCGUCGACUCUAUGGAGGGUGUCACCCACGCUCUGCGUACCAUUGAGUACCGUGAUCGCAACCCCCAGUACCAGUGGAUGCUUGAUGCCCUCAAGCUUCGUGGUGUGCAGGUCUGGGACUUUGCUCGCAUGAACUUCAUCCGUACCCUCCUGUCCAAGCGUAAGCUCACCAAGCUUGUUGAGACCGGUAUUGUCUGGGGUUGGGAUGACCCCCGCUUCCCCACUAUCCGCGGUAUCCGCCGUCGUGGUAUGACCAUCCCCGCUUUGCGUGAGUUCAUUCUCAAGCAGGGUCCCUCUCGCGCUGUGACUCUGUUCGACUGGGCUUUGAUCUGGGCUACCAACAAGAAGUACAUUGACCCCGUUGCUCCUCGCCACACUGCCGUCGACAGCAAGGAGAUCGUCAAGGCCACCAUCUCCAAUGCUCCCGCUCCCUACACCGAGCAGAAGCCCAAGCACGCCAAGAACGCCGCUGUUGGCAACAAGACCGUUGCUUUCAGUGGCUCCGCUGUUCUCGAACAGGCCGAUGCUAAGCUGUUCAAGCCAGAUGAGGAGAUCACUCUGAUGAACUGGGGCAAUGCCUUCGUUCGCAAGAUCACUUCUGAUGCUGCUGGUGUCAUCACCAACCUCGAGCUCGAGCUGAAUCCCACUGGUGAUGUCAAGAAGACCGAGAAGAAGGUCACUUGGCUCUCCACCGACCAGGAGCUCGUCCCUGUUGAGCUGGUUGAUUUCGAUUACCUCUUGACCAAGGAUUCUCUUAGCGAGGAUGAUGUUCUCGAGGAUGUCCUCAACUACCACACCGAGCACCGCGACUCCUGCCUGGCUGACUGUAACGUUGCCCAGCUCAAGGAAGGCGACAUUAUCCAGUUCGACCGCAAGGGCUUCUUCCGUUGCGAUCGGGCCGCCGCUCCCGGUGCCCCUGCAGUCUUCUUCAACAUCCCUACUGGCAAGGCUACCAAAUAG